CAUCACCCACGAAGUUCUUCUGACUGCACAUUCCAACUCCUCUUACGUUUUACGUUUCAUUAUGCAGAAGGAGGACUAAUCGCACUGCCAACUUUAUCUUCGGUCCUUCUAUGUCUUCGAUUGUUCUUCUAACGACAUAUUUCCGCUCAACGGAUCGCAUACUUUAUCUUUGGGCCGCCUCAUCGUGAACUCUCAGCCCUAUUUCAAGCUGCCCCGGCGAGCUGUCGUACAAAGCCUGCACCGUUACAUGUGCAGCGACUGAACCCCGAAAUAUCGAAUGACAAACGAGCUUGAAACGUCAUUCGACAUCCGUUUUAUCAUCGACCCAACCCUAACAAUAAGUUGGGUGACGGACAGUCAUGGCGACCGUAUCUGAUGAAGCGUUAGGUUCGACGACCUGUCAAAAUAAUGCCGCGACGGCGAACCCGACUCCGGAGACACCAUCGCACCAUUCAGAAGCAGUGGUCCAGGAUGGUGAGCAAGCUCAUGAAGCCCUUAUCAACCUUACCAUACACCUUCCCCAUGAACCUCGUUCGAUGAACAUUCUGGUUUCCCCCCACGAGCAAGUUCACGAAGUCCGACAGUCCGUUAUCGAUUUGCCUGCUGCAUUCCGAUACACCUGUUUUCAUUUAGAGUACCAAGGCAGCCGUGUCAAUGAUUUCUUACCUGUCUCUGAGGUGAUCAGCCCGGAUCAGCCGCAUGUUACUCUCGUCCAGGACCCUUACACGGAGAAGGAGGCCCGUAUACACUUAGUCAGGAUUCGGGAACUUAUCGGGGCUUCUGGGGAUCGCACCGAUCUUGUGCAGGGAAUAUCUCCAGGCCUCUCCUUGCUCGACACUCUUAACACCAAGGGAGACGAGGCUGUGCAGGACAACAGAGAAGAUGAUUUGAAGCAGUACGAAUUUCGCGCUUCAGCCUCUGUUACCAAGCUUCUGCCGCCUGAGGCUCAAGAAGCUCCAAAGACAGUCAAAUCGAUAUGCCUCUCGUCUUGGAAUCCCCCGCCCUGUCAUUUGAGACAAAGAGGACAUCUGCUCUAUCUCGUCGUUGCGACCUUGGAGGGCGAGCAACACCAUAUUACGUCUCACGUUGGAGGCUUCUACGUGAACAAGUCUUCCAAUGGCAAGUUUGACCCCCAACCAAAGCCACCACCGAAGGGGCAUGCUGCGCACUCUCUUCUUCAUCUCCUGAGCUUCUUGUCUCCGUCUUUCGAAGCUGCCUUCCGUGCUCUACAGCAAUUCAACACUCAACGGGACCCUCUUGCCACGAUCCAGAUUGCGAAUGCCCUCCCUGCUGCGCCCUGGGUAGUUCCGCCCACAGUAUCCCUUCUUUCGUCUCAUGUCUCCGAUCCUACUCGCUCACAAGAGACGUACCUCUUGGCCGGAGGUGACAAUACGGACACUCUCCGAGAUUGGAAUGAGGAGCUACAGUCCGCAAGAGAGCUGCCCAAGGAGACUGUUCAGGACAGAGUUUUCCGCGAACGUCUCAUCUCCAAGCUGUUUGCCGAUUAUAACGAUGCAGCCACACGGGGUGCUAUCAUGGUUGCCCGAGGCGAGAUCCAACCUUUGAACCCAACAGAAUGCGAGGAUGCACAGAUUUUCGUCUACAACAACAUCUUCUUCUCCUUCGGAGCUGAUGGCGUCGGGACUUUCACCUCUGAGGGCGGAGACGAGGCUGCAAGGGUUGCCACGGCCAAGGACGUGUCUGGUGUGAGGCUAGUCAAUCAGCUUGAUAUCGAUGGUCUCUACACGACCGCGACUGUAGUUGUGGAUUACCUGGGGAAACGCAUUGUCGCCCAGAGCAUUGUGCCAGGGAUUUUCAAGCCACGCGAGCCGGGCGAGAAUCAAAUUGACUACGGUGCCGUGGAAGGCAAGGAUGUCGUUGCUGCUGAUGAGCGCUUCAUUGCGGUGUUCGAGAAACUAUCUCGUGAUUUGAAGGUCAAACAGCACCCUGUGUGGAACAAGGAUGGCCAACGCGUCGAUCUGGAGACAAGUGUUGAAACAAAAGGCCUGAUGGGCACUGAUGGCCGCAAAUACGUUCUCGAUCUCUACCGAGUGACGCCCCUGGACGUUGGUUGGCUCGAGAUAUCGACCAAGGAAGGAGACUUCGCGGAAUACCCUCAUCGCAUGACCGUUCUUCGUCCCGAACUUAUAAAUUCAUUUUGCCGCAAGAAAAUGAAAGAGUGGGUGGAUGCGGAACUCGCCCGGCGAGGUCGGGGACCCAAGGCUAGUCCGUCAAGGUCUGAGAAAGCGGUCGGCGCUUUGCCUGACGUCGAAAACCCUUCUACUGCGGCUACUGACGAAACGUCUGGGUCGUCCGGCGCGGAGAAAGACGACGACCAUAUCGACCUGUCAAAGUUCAGCUUCUCGCUAAAUCCUGACGUGUUCAGUGGUCAAGACCCACAGACUGACGAGGACAGGCGUCAACUUGAGGCUGACGAGAAAGAUGUUCGGCUCGCCUGCCAUUAUUUGACAGAUGAGGUCAUUCCGGAACUGCUGCGGGAAUUGAAAGAAUGCGAGACAAGCUUCCCAAUGGAUGGCCAAGCGCUCAGCCGACUGCUUCACAAGAGGGGCAUCAAUAUCCGAUACCUUGGACGCGUUGCCUCACUGAGUACGGACCCAAGUCUUCAGUGCCUGCGUAACAUCUGCGUGCAAGACAUGAUCGCCCGAUCUUUCAAGCACAUUGCGUCAGCGUACCUGCGGCAGACGCCUGCUCCUCUUACUUCAUCAUGCGUGGCCCAUCUCUUGAAUUGCUUGUUAGGGGUUCAGUUGAACCCCGCACCAGUUCCCGACAUCGAUCCAUCCCUCAAGGCGUUGUAUUUGGAAAGCGAUUUCUCUUUCGAGACAGUCACCCCCUAUUCCCUCCGCUCACAGGUUGUGGAUGAGACUUGGAGGCGCUUCCGAUACCGGCUCGAGGACCUGCACAGAGACAUCAAGCCACUGCAACUGCUACGAGACAUCUCACUGAAGCUUGGUCUGCAGCUGCAGGCCAAGGACUACGUGUUCGCCCAAAUAGCAACCGACCCGCCUGCUGCGCCCGAAGCGAAGGACCAGAGCGGCACGCCUAAUAGCCAGACAAAUGGAGAAAGCAAGAAGAAGAAAAAGAAGAACCGUGAUAUGUCGCCGAUGCCUGGUCGUAACACCGAGGCUCGAUGCACGUUUUGGUCGGACGACAUCGUCAAUAUCGUACCUAUCGUGAAGCAUUCCAGCCCUCGCAGCGCUUUAGCUGAGGAAGCUUUGGAGGCUGGACGUAUCUCUAUUCUGCAGUCGCAAAGGAAGCUGGGCCAAGAGCUCCUUCUGGAAUCGCUCUCCCUCCAUGAACAAAUUUACGGCGUUCUUCAUCCCGAGGUAGCGCGGGUGUACAAUACUCUAUCCAUGCUGUACUAUCAAUUGGAUGAGAAAGAGGCCGCCGUGGAACUCGCUCGAAAGGCUAUUAUAGUCUCGGAACGGACUGUCGGCAUCGAUUCGGCCGAGACGCUCCUCAACUAUCUCAACCUGAGCCUGUUUCUCCAUCAAACAGGAGACAGCAAAGGCGCUUUGAUGUUUGCCAAACAUGCUCUGGAUCUGUGGAAUAUUAUUUACGGGCCGGACCAUCCCGAUUCCAUCACCACGAUCAACAACGGCGCCGUGAUGCUACAACACCUCAAGGCCUACCACCACUCUCGUCUAUGGUUCGAGGAGUCACUGAGGGUCUGCGAACAGGUGUUCGGCAAGGGCUCCAUCAAUGCUGCCACGCUCCUCUUCCAGCUCGCUCAGGCACUGGCGCUCGACCAAGAUUCCAAGGGUGCAGUCAACCGGAUGCGUGAGUCGUACAGCAUAUUCUUAUCUAAGCUGGGACCGGAGGAUAAGAACACGAAGGAGGCAGAGAAUUGGCUGGAGCAGCUGACGCAGAAUGCCGUUUCCAUCGCGAAGCAUGCGAAGGACGUCCAAAACAGACGGUUACGUCCUGGCGUUCGGUUUCCUGGAGAAGGACCCUUUAACACGGCGAGUCACUCGCAGGCUUCGCCUUCUACCUUUCAAAAAUCCCCGCUCACCACAACGCCUAACAUUGAUUCGCGGAGCAUAGAUGAUCUUAUCAAGUUCAUCGAGGGCAAUGAUCAGGCGAACAUGACAAGCAAGCGGCCCAGCAGGGGCAAUCCGAAGCGGCGUGGUGAGGCCCGUGCCGUGUAGCCGGCCCAUUGCCCUGGUGAGCUUCUCUUUUGGCCUAUCGAUGGUCGUGGCGGCCAAAAGCUAUAGUCAUAGUGUACGGAUACCUGUAACUACAAUCCAUUGGAACAGUGUUGUUUCACUAGACAUAUGGGAUGGCUUUACAUUGCAUCAAGGGGCUAAAAACAAACUGGAAGGGGACGCACGUUGGAGGGCAGGGAUCACGGACAUUACUAGAUGCCCCAUUGUAACAAAUAUAAUCCUCACUCUUCGAAUUCGAAGG